UCUGGGGUGGUCUCGACGAAGGUUCGGCACCUUCAACUCCCACCUGAUAUCUGCAUAUCAUCAGGGUAUACCGCUUUUCCCCCAGUUCUCCCAAGAGCGCCGCUCCCUUCCCUAGUCGCAGAGUCGCAAUUUUGGUCUGAUACUGCAUCCCAUACUCCUAGUAUUGCGUCCCCAUUUCCCUCUUUCGAUCUAACGUUGUGGCCUUUCCUGGGCUGUACCUCGGGUAUCCCCUGCUGGGAGAGCAAGGACCCAAGACACCAGGGACCCGGAUCCCUGCCACAGGAUAUGAGUAGGAGGGUGAGCUGGUCUGAGCAGCUUGAUGCGCUUCUCAAUGCAACUGAUGGAAAUGUGGCUCGGAUUAAGCAGCGACUGUAUCCUCUUGGGGUCUCCACGGCAACAGGGGAGCUGCCUGGGACCUGGAUUUCCUCUCAUGACUUGCCUCCCCAGUUAGGAGUCCAAGCUCAACAGCCUUGGGCUCUAGAGACUCCCACAGUCCCAGAGGGGCUGAGCUGGACUGAGGCCUACAGCCCUUCCCAUCUCCGGGAUGAAGUUACUAUUCUCCAAUCCCAGCUUCGAUCUCAGACUCAGGUAACUGAGGCACUAAGGCAGGCUGUACAAGGCUUGCUGGAAGAGCGACAACAGCAGAAAUACCAGAUCAGUGCCCUGGAAGCAUCACUAAGGUUGCUGCAGGGGGGUCCAGAGGGGAGGGCUCUUCUUGAGCAACGCCUGGAGGAGCUGAGAAGGGACCUUCAAGGCCUUCGGAGCCAGGUGCAGGAGCAGGCCCAAGUCCAAGCCCAAAUGCAAACAGGACCAUUAAACUGCAGCACUAACAGUGGCCUUCAUCAGGAGCUGCAGAUAGAGCAGCAAAGGCUGUGGGAGGAGUCAGAGAUUCUGCAGGAGGAACUGGAGUUGCUGCGGGACCAGCUGAACCAGCACCAGGAGCUGCUGCUGAAACAGAUGGCUGAGGGGCAGCAGAUUCAGGCCUGCAGCUGGAAGAUCUCCAGAGGAGCACCCUUUCUAACUUGGAGCCCAGCAGCUUUCACCUCUACUCCCAGAGUCUUGAGCAAGAGACUUUCCCUCACAGCCCCAAGAUGCUCCUGAGUGACCUAUAAGGACUUAUGAAGAGUAGUUGGAUGAAGGCUUCAUUGCCCACGCUCCCCUCCAAGGCCCUUUUUCUAGGCUACCUGCUCCUCCCCUCUUAAUCUAGCUGUUAUCUGCC